GCACCCAAGGCCUGUAUUGAUAGCAAGAACCAUGCAGCAGUUUCUUGCCCCAAGGCCACUGUCCAAAGUGCUGGUUCUGACACCAUCAAGAAUAGCCUCUCCCCAUCGUUGUGCUCGGCUCAAACAUUUUCCUAUCCUCUCAUACCCGGCACCGAGGUACUCUCACUGCAAGCCUCCCAAGUCUCCAAUAUAACACAGUACAUCCCUGAUUGGUACUAUUACAACCAUGGCGGCAUCGCAGCCCAGAAUCUCAACUUUUGCAAUGUAACCGUGACCUACAAACACACUGACAAACACGACUCCAUCAACGUUGGCGUUUUUCUCCCUAUUGACUCUUGGAAUGGCCGUUCACAAGGAAUUGGUGGAAACAGAUACACCGCCGGACUCACAGACGUAACGAAACAUGGCAUGAUCGCCGCAGCAGCCGAAGGCUACAUCGCCAUUUCAACAGAUGGUGGACACACAAGCGACGAUCCCGCAGAAUGGGCCCUCCUCGACGACAGAACACCAGACUACGACACUAUCUACGAUUUUGGAAUCCUAUCUCUCGACGACGCGGCCCUGAUAGGAAAGAGCCUAACAGAGAGCGCAUAUGGGUCGAAACCCAAAUACUCAUACUGGACAGGCUGCUCACAAGGCGGCCGACAAGGCCUAGCUCUUGCGCAAAAAUACCCAAACGCGUACGACGGCGUUGUGGCUUCUGCACCGGCUAUCAAUUGGCCUGAGCUGUCGUUGGGAGGAUACUGGGCCCAGUUUGUCAUGGGUCACCUCGACGAAUACCUGUUUCCUUGCGAGAUCAAUACUGUGACAGCCGCUGCAGUCUUCGCUUGCGACGGCGCUGAUGGCGUCCUGGAUGGCAUCAAUUCAGAUCCCAAUUCAUGUAUUUUCAAUCCAUUUACUAUGGUUGGGACACAGAUCUACUGCAGCGACACUGGGUCUGAGUUGAAGAUCUCGGCUGUAACGACGAAUAUUGUUAAUGCUACUUGGACAGGCGCGCGAGACUCACAGGGCAGGUUCCUGUGGUAUGGCUUCAAGCCUGGUACUCCUUUGACGGGACGGAACACCCCGGCGAACACAGAAUGUGUCGACGGAAAGUGCACGGCCGUACGCAGCUACCUGCAUGAGCGGUGGGCUCAAGUAUUCGUGGAACAGAAUGUCAACCGUACUUUGUCAAAUAUCACACGAAAGGAGUACGACCGUCUCUUUUGGAAGUCUGUCCAGCAGUGGACAUCGGCUUUCGGAACAAACGACCCAGAUCUGUCAAAGUUCCGCGAUGCUAGCGGCAAGAUGCUUACGUAUCAUGGUUUGGUGGACGAAGUAAUCCCUCCCAGAGGCACACGGUCAUACUACGAGAAGGUUGCUGCGCAAGAAUCCGGCGUGCAUGAGUUUUAUCGGCUCUUUGAAGUGCCGAUGAUGGGCCACUGCUAUGGCACUAAAGGUGGAUAUCCUUCCACUAUGUUUGAUAGCCUUGUUGCUUGGGUUGAAAAUGGAAUUGCGCCUGAAAGUCUUCCAGUCACCUACAUACCGGAAGAUGGGAAGACUUAUGGCAGAAUCAUUUGUCCUUACCCACAGCGUGUGAGGUAUACAGGGUCGGGGGAGGUGACUACUUCCGACGUGUUCUAUUGCGCAGAAUGA